AGUCGUUUGCCUAGCUUCGAUACAUUUUAAUUUUUGUAAAAAUUGAUUUUCUAUUUUUUGUAUUGGCUGCAAUUGAACCUUAACUCUAAUUAAAAUAUGGUGGGCGAUGGCUUGAACAGUCCCCGACAGCAGGGCGGCAAAAAGCCGAUUUCUGCUGAGGACAAACAUCUUCCGGACAAGUACAUGAUGCGCAAUACGCGUGUCCUCAACAUGUGCAAGGCGCAGCUGAAGGAGCUGCCGGAAGAGAUCGUGCAGACGGCCUGCGAGGAGCUGGUGAACGUGGUGAACCUGGAGGACAAUCUGCUGAGCGAUGUGCCAGCCGAGCUGAAGCAAAUGAGCGAUCUGCUCACCGAUCUGGGACUGGCCAAGAAUCAGCUGUGCUACAUACCCACAUUCAUAUCGCAGUUCUCGCGCCUGCUCGCCAUAAAUCUCUCGUGCAACAUGCUGCGAGACUUGCCCAUGGAGUUCGCUGGGCUGCAGUCGCUGCGCGAGUUGAACAUUUCGCACAAUCGCCUGGAUCACUUGCCGCCCUGCAUUUACGAGCUGGACGCGCUCGAGACGCUUACCGCCAAUGACAAUCAGAUCAAGGAGUUGGACGCCUCAGAGAAUGGCCUGGGCGCUCUGCGCUAUCUCAGCUCGUUGAAUCUGAGCAACAAUGAUAUACAGAUGGUGCCGCCGGUGCUGGGCAAUCUGACCAACAUAACUGAUCUCAAGCUCUCCGGCAACCCCUUCCGCCAGCCGCGCCAUCAAAUCCUAGCUCAGGGCACCGCUGCCGUCAUGGAUUAUCUGCGUGGACGCAUUCCACUCUAGAAAUAGAAAUGUUAUUU